AUGUAUGUUUCUCGAAGUUCCAGUCCACAUAAAUCACCUGCUGACAAUGAUCCUAAUUCUGGAAAUAUUUCUGUCACCGACACCGAUAUUCAUGAACUCGAAAAUCUUGUACCAUAUCCCCGACAAGCUCCAACCGAAUACGAACAACAUCUCAAAGAAGCUUGCCAACAACUUUUGCGACAUCCAUGUGGUAUUAUUUCAACAUUAUCUUUAGCAAAAAAAAUUGAUACAACUGCAGCAAAUUUACUCGUUGAACAAUGUUUAUUAUUAUAUACUGAUGACUUAUUUGCAGCUCAUACACAACUUGAUCCUGAAGGUUACAUUAAGUACAUACCAAACAACAUUGAUAUAACAUUUAUCGGUAGUCUGCUUCAUUACGAUAUUGAUCCAACAUUAUACUUUCAAGAAAUUAAUAUUCCAGAAUUAUGGAAAUCUUAUUUAUCCACCAAUGGCAUAGCCAUCUUACGUUCAAUGACAUUUUAUGAAAUAAUUAUAGAUGUACCACCAUCACUUGAAUUACCUGCUGAUGAUGUCGAACGUAUUGAUGGCAACAAUAAUUAUCAAAAACAAAAUUUAUCAUUUAAAGUGUAUGCUCAAUCAUCAAAUGAUCCAUCAGAAAAUUAUCAUCAGACUCAUCACCAUCGUGAUUUUACAAAUAAAUCCAAUGUGUCUUUAAGUAAUACCAAUGAAAAUUUCAAUAACUCAACAAAAAAAAGUGAUAAGAAUCUAAAAAUAAUUACUUUAUUAAUUCAUUCCAAAUUUUUCUGUGUAGGAAUAACAAGUGCUAUUGAUAAAUCUGAAAGUGAUACAUUCGAAAUAGUACCAUCAGGAAAACGAUUUCGUCCAGAAACUAAUGAUUAUCAAUUUAUACAGUCAAAUUAUUCUAAUGUUAUUAUUAGUAAACCAACAAUGAAUUGGCGUUUCCUGCGAAAACGAAUCAUCGGUUUAAAAAAUACAGAUAAUACUUGUUACAUUAAUGCAGCUUUACAGUGCUUGGCAAGUACUCCUCCUUUCGUCGAAUGGUUAUUUGAUCAACUUGAUACAUUAGAUACAUGUCAGUUAUCAAAUCAAGGAAAAUUUUGUUCUGUCUGCGAAUUAACUAAAGUUAUUUCAUCAAUUCAUCCAUCACCAAGAAAAAAAUCUAUUGAAUCAGACUGUCUAACUAUUCCAUCUGCUAAUUCUAUUAGAACUCAUAUAAAUCUAAUAUCAUCUGUAUUUAAUGUUGGAGAACAAGAAGAUGCUAGUGAAUUUAUUAUUACUUUAUUAGAUCAUUGUAUUGGUUGUUUAUCGUCACAUUCAUCAAUAUCACAUAUUAUUUCUUCGGGACCAACAAUAAUUGAUCAAAUAUUUAACAUUAAACUUUUGUCAUCUGGAGAAUGUCCAGUGUGCUUAUACACUUUUAAAAGAGAAGAAAUUACUAAUAUGCUAUUGGUUGAAAUAGAUAAAUUAAAUCAUUUAACUGAUGCACUUGCACAUUUCGUUGAACGAGAAUCAAUAAAUACUUUUAUAUGUAGCAAUUGUGAUAAAUCUGUAAAACUUGAUAAACGUAUUACUAUUAAUGAAUUAUCAUCAAUAUUAAUUAUCAAUUUCAAACGGUGUAGUACAACAUUCAAUACAACUAAAAAGCUUUUGCAUCAAGUAAAUUAUAAUGAAUUGUUAGAUAUUUCUCCUUAUAUGACGUCGAAUUUACUUUCUUCAACCGAUAAAACUCAAAACAUAGAUUCAUCAAAUAAUUAUUAUAAAUUGUACGCCACCAUUAAUCAUGCUAGUGAUGAUCUUGCUAAUGGUCAUUAUUACGCUUAUAUUCGAUCAUUAGACAAUCUAUGGUUUCUUGUCAAUGAUGCACAUUGUCAAAAUGUAUCAUUAAAUGAAGUUUUAAAUCAUCGAGAAGCUUUAAUAUUAUUUUAUGCUAAAGUAGUUCAUACACCAACACCAAUUGAUAGAAUGUUACAACAAAUACCACAACCAUUAAUGUCUUCAUCAACAGAAAACAACAUUGUUUUGUCUUCUUCUAUUUUAAGCUCAUCCAUUCCAGGAAAUUCAACAUCCAUAAAUGAAUCAAUCACGUUUCUGAAUGAACAACUAUCAAAGACUAAGUCUUUAAUUACUAUGAAGACGCCUAUGCGAUCUUAUGAUUCUAAAUCUCAAAAUGAUAUUGAGUUAAAGUUGGAAAAUAGUUUAUCAAUAAUUAAAUCACGAAAAAGUGCUAUUUUAAAUAAGACACCUAUUCCUGGACAAACAAGAAGUAGUAUAAAAAUUGGUAAUCAAUGUUCAAAUAAUCAAAUCGAAGAAAAUAGAAAGAAUAUCGAUCAUAUAUUAAAUGAAGAAAUACCAAGUCAAUCAAUGCCUUCAAAAAAACUUUUGUUUGUUCGGAAUGAAACCAGUAAUGAUUCAAUAGCUGAAGUAUCUGAUGAUGAAGAAACAAAAAAAAAAACCUGUAUAAAAUUAGCUUCAGUGGCAACAGGUAUUCCAAUUGAACAAGUAUUUGAACAAACACUUUCACAAAAAUGUUCUUUUCGUUUAAAUGAAACUGACCUUUUAAAAAUGAAUCAACGUCGGCAUGAAGAAUUAAAGAAAAAAUAUGAUCGUAAAAUGAAGAUGAUAGGAUUAUUAUCUGAUAUAUCAUCAUUAAUUAAAAAAAAAUGGAAAAAUAGAGAUAUUUCUACCACCAUUAAUGAUACAAAUGCUGCUGACUGUCAUGAAAAAACUAAACAUAUGAAAACAAGCAAUAAGGUGAACAUUGAGUAUUUGAAUAUACUCUUACCUCAUUUGAAACAUUAUAAUGCAGCUUGUGCUUUAUGUAUCUGCACACGUUAUUUUGGAAAAAAUAUAUCAAAAUCAACAGAUCUUCUUGUUAGAUGUACUCUAAAAUGCAGUGGAAGUGUUUGUAAAUUCAAGUGCAACGUCCAUGUUUUAAAUAAUGGUUAUUGCUUUCUUAUUGCAUUAAAUCGAAAUGUUUUUCAUCGUGUCAAUGAACGUAUUAGUCGUCCAAUUCGUGGUUCUCGACGACGAGCAAUAAUGGAUAAAUUUAAAGGUGGUAGUUCAGUCUAUCGAAUUCAUGCUCAAUAUGAUGAGCAAAGAACAGCACGUGAAAAACAAGGUUUUAAUUAUGAUGCAACUGGAAAAUCAAAAAAAAUAUUUAAAAAAAUCAAAGCCGAAGCUAAUGCUGAAUCAUUAUUAUCACCAAACAUUAGUUUGGGAAUCUUACAAUUACAUGAUAAAUUAGUUGAUGAAAUAAAUAAUGAUGGAAUAAUUAAAGGUGGGAUUCAAAUUGUUCAGUUCCGGCCAUUCUGUGUAGUUGCUUUUACUGAAGCCUCAAUUAGAUUAUAUGAUGCAAUAGUUAAUCAUCCAGAUUCUGUUCUUUCAUGGGAUGCUACGGGUGGAAUUGUUAAGAAUUCAUCAUCUAAACAAUGUUUAUAUUAUGAAUUAACAAUAUCGCAUCCCAAUAUAGUUAAUGAGGAUAGCUUAGUGCCUUUAACAUUUAUGCUAUCCGAAUCUCAAACACUAUUUACUAUUAUUCAAUGGUUAUCGGCAUUCAAAGAAAGUUAUAGAAAGGUAUUUCCACACAAGAAAGAUUCAUUUGCUGUACCUGCCAUAAUCUUGUCGGAUCGUGCACAAAUAUUUUUACAAGCUGCUUUACAUGUCUUUAACAAUGAAAACUAUGAUGCAUUUCUUGCACGUGCGUAUCGAAUUGUUACUAAUACAGCUGUUCGAAAUGAUCUAUCUAAAACUAAUAUCCAUGCAUGUUUAUCACAUUUUAUGUUGGAUAUGCGCAAACGCGUUAAUAAAUAUUUACUUGAAGAUAUGCGUGAAGUUGCAAUGUGGUCAAUUGCAUUACUUGUCAAUUCAAGUACAUGGCCAGAAAUAAAAGAAAACUGGACUUUAAUCUGUCAAGUUUUUUUAAGUUAUUCGACAAAUAAUGAUAUUAAUUUCAAACAACACCAUGCAACCCUUCUUGUUCGUAUUAGUAAGAUUACAAGUGAUCCGAAUUCAUCACGAGCAAUUAGUCAAUCAAAAGAUAUAUUAUCAAAUAGAAAUGAUUCAUUUGAGUUUGAUGAUACUAGUGAAAUUGAUGAUUAUGAUGACAAUCAAAUGCAUACAAACGAAAAGACUAAAACUAAUAAUAAAAAGAAACGAUUGAUUAUAUCUACCGUGCAUUCAUCCAAUCAUAAUAAAUCGAUUAUCGAUGAAGAAGAAGAAUUAAAUAAAGCCGAUAGUCCAUUCAAACGAGAAUUACAAGCUAUUUACAAUAAAUGUUUGGAAGCUUGUAUUAAAAAUUAUGGUAAUCUUUCGUCAUCGGAUAAAGCGGUGAAAGGUAUUCGACAAUGGUUGUCAUUUAUAAAUCAACGUUGUAUUCCAACAAUUCCUAUUUGGUCAAAUCUUUUGUUAGGUAACUUGUCACGUCAUGGUACAUCUGCUAUUCGUGCAUACGAUAAUUUACUUCUAUCGUCUCAUGAUCAACGUACUAAUGCAAUAUCGGAACGACGCAUGUCUAUUGUGAAGCGAACACAACUUGGAAUAGAGACCCGAAUUCGAUCCGAUAUUGUACUUGAUAUACUUAUUAAUGAUAUGUAA